AUGUUCGCCAUCAUCUUAGCUGGACUCAGUGAUGAGGUGUCGAAUGGCAGAGGCAUUGAGGAGGGAGAGAACGAUGUGAUGAGCUUCGUGGCGCAGCUCAAGAAAUGGUUCAUGGUCAAGUUGAAAGUGAAGAGAAGACUCGCCCGGUAUGCUCCCAGUAUUUACGCUAAGAUAUUCUACAAAGCCUAUAACGGGAAGGAUGCGGUUAGGAGCGCUGCUCGAAGUGGCACAGGAGAACCUCUUGAAGUGUCUAUUGGGAUGACUGAUGGCAUGCAAGACUCCACCGAGUUCGACAUGGACCAAGCCGUUGCUGAUCUAAGACGUGCCAGCAUGUCAACCGAUCGGAGAAGUCUGGCAUUGAUGAUCUCACGAAGAUUGAUCAAGUCCUCUGAGGAGAUAAUGCCCUCUAUCGAGCACAUGGCCGGAAAAGCCUUGUUCAAGAUACAGACAAUGGGCAUCGACGUGUCAUCUGGGAUGCAUGAGUGUCUCCAAAUGGUUGAUGAUCUUCAAAGAGCAGCAAAUGAUGUUUAUGAGCGGGUUGAGGAACUCCGCGAGCAACAACUUGAAGCGAUUGGUGAGGAAUAA